UUUGGAAUAACAUUCUUCCGCUAAGAAAAGUGUGUGGUAUACGUCUUAUCAACUGACAUUGUGUAUUUUCGUAUUUUUCAUGUCUGUCAGGGCGUGAGUGUGGGAAGUCGUAAUUUGCAUCACAAAAGCCCCGCACAUGCGCAUUCAUUGAACAGCUGAGAAGCGAGGGUCGUGGCAACUUGAAAUAAGACAGAGAAAAAAUCUGUGAUCCCAGUUCAGUCGUCAAAUCGGUGUGGAAAUUACCAUAGACAAGCAUCAUGUUUAGUUUCCACAAGCCAAAAAUCUACCGCAGCAUCAAUGGUUGUUGCAUUUGUAGAGCAAAAUCAUCUAGCUCCCGAUUCACUGACAGUAACAAGUAUGAAGCAGAGUUUGAGAAAUGCUUCCGAAUUCGUGAAGAGAGAAGUGGCGAAAUCUGCAAUGCUUGUGUAUUGUUAGUGAAAAGAUGGAAAAAGUUACCUGAGGGCACCAAUCGUCAUUGGAAUCACGUAGUGGAUGCUCGGGCAGGUCCUGGCACUAAGUCAGCCCUCAAGAUCAAGAACAAGAGUCCACUCAAGUUCAAGAAACACAAGAAGAUCAAGAAAAACAAAGAGAAAAGAAAAACUUACAGCAUUCCCAGUCCCGGCCAACUCUCAGAUGAAUUCUCAGGUGAUGAGACAUUGAGUCAAAACGUCUCAUUUCCUCGAAAGCGUUCCCUAAGUCUGAGUGACGAGUCCGACAAUGAGGAUUCACGAGACAGCAGCAGCUCCAAGCACAGGAAGAGAUCUCCCAGUCUUGCUCACCCUCGAGUCAGCUCCUUUCUAGAUCUCAGUUACUGGAAAAAAACUCAAGUGUGUUGUGGAAUCAUCUUCAAGGGAUUAAAUGGAGAAGUAUUACUGGACCCCAAGUUGUUGAGGCCCUGUUUCACCUGUCGAGGAGACAAAGUGACCACGAAGACAGAAAUACAUCGCAGCCAAUCUGUUGAGACUGAGAGCAACGCAAGUAGCCAGAGCUACGGCGACAAUGACUUCCUGGAUGCUCGUGUGACAGCAGACCAAGAUUGUGCAGCAUCAUCCAUGACUCCCAACUUCUCACUAGAGAGACUCACUUGUGCUGCUUCGAAACUAGAGGCCAGCUUUACACACAGAGCAUUGGCAAUGGAAUGUUGAAGCUAACAGUGAUCUGAUUCAGCGUGAGGCAAACAUCUCAGGAAAUCCUUCCACUUCUGCACAAAGAAUCUGCCAUUUGCCAUUUUCUUUUGUAAAAAAACAAAAAAAAAUCAAACCAUUGUCUGCUUACAGUGUGAGAGUCUUGGAUAGUACGCGUGUGCAAGUUUCUGAAUGGAUUAUGAUGACUUGUGUUUGCUCAACUGCCUUGUUGCAACGUAGAAAGUAACAGUACCUCUGUAGGUUCGCCAUGAGAAGUUUCAGUUGGAAGAAUAAGGGUUGUGAACUGUUACUCUCCUCUGUCAGUUAGCCAGUGAAGCUGAUGACCAUGGUGGAUACGUACAAAGUUCACAGCUGUGGAAAUACUCCUACUGGCACUGAAGGGGAUGAUGCCUAAAGGACUAUUCCAUCCUUGUGUAAUGCGUACACCGAAAAAUUUGUGGAUCCAAAGCCUGCCUUCCCCAAACUUGCUGCCAUUGAAGGGUUGUGUACAUUGUUCCAUUCAUCAACGAUCCACUCUUGUCAACUGCCAACCCUGUAUUCAACUUUGCAAUUUUGUAACAGUCUUCAUUUACAGUUCACACCCAGCCAGUAGUGGCAUUAAUAUGAUUUUUUGUCAGAGCCUUUUCCGCGCAACGAUUCAUGGAUCAAAACUGGAUGUUGACUCUGUGUAUUCGCUGCUGAUGCUCGCUAUUCAGUUGACGAAACAGUUUGGUGCUUUCAUCAUAUAUUCCUGUGCAUCAGUGUGGCAUUGUCUUUGACCCCUCUGACUGGGGUGCUAAAUGAUGUACAGCCCAAAGCCCUUUUUUACAAUAUUCAUUUACACGAUCUCCAACCCCAAGGGUAUGAGAUUACUGCUCACAUGGCGUUCUCGGUCAAACCAAAUAUAAGAAGCAGUUGUCCAAAUAUCAUCGAAAUAUUUAUUACGAACCAUCAUUUCAUCUUAGCUAGGGCAGUGUUAACGAUGAGGCCAGUUUAAUUUAUUCCGGACCUGUAUUCCCUGACAUUGUCAUAAUAUUGCAAAGACUACAUAUCAGCUUCAUCUGAGUGCAUCCCUCGUCACCCAUGGACAAUAUGCUGUUGAAGCUAUGGUGGUUUCUGUACACAGACUUCCAAGGAAGGAUUUUCCUUCACUCCCAACAAUCUCUCUCUUGAAGGACCAAUAUUCACCACGACAUAACUUAAAGCUAUCACCAUGAUAAGCACAAGCAAGAUUUCAAUGCCCUAUUCCUAAGUGUAAAAUAGUAUACAUAUUGUUAUGUUACAAAUGUGUGUGUUUUUCAGUUUGUUACAGUUUUGUUCGGUGGUUCGGUGACAACUUGUGUACCAUCAGGAUGUCUUAGGCCUAAAAGAAAGCAACUGUUGGAAUGGAGUUGUGGAAAAUUUAACAUUUCUUCAGGACAUUUCAGCUGAAAUGCAGAUUAAAGCAGCAUGUCAUAUGGAAUAUCAUCUGAAAAUCUGUAUGAAUAAUUACCUCUAAACUGCCAUUUGUGUGGAAAUAUAACUGAUAGUAUUAUGAUUGGCCAGAAAACAGGGUCAAACUGGUGGUUAGAACGGUUAAUUUUAUGCCUUUCCAAAAGAAAUACUUAGUCCUAAGAGCAUAGUUUCUUGGUUUGGCACUCUACCCUACCAGUUUAGUAUGUCCACUGUUUACACGUAUGUAUGUAUAUAGUUAUUUGGUUCUGUCAACACAAGGAAGAUCCCAUGCUGAGGCGUGAUCAACAAAAUCUGCUUUGAUUUCUGUUUUACUGAAAAUGUUUUUGAUGCAUCGAAAAACUUUUGAUCUUGAAGAAGUCUAUUAUUAUGUAAUGAUGAUUUUUAUUAUUGGGAACAAUUACCAUGAAAACAGAAGUAUUUUUACACACUUUGAUGAAUCAUUUACUUUCUAGAGCAUUAUUUUCUAUGGAUGAAAAUGAGGUUAAUGAUUAGUGUGGGAUUUUUCUUGAUUCUGUUUGGACAGAGGUGGUCUUCUAUUACGUUUGUCUACAUAAGUUGUUGUGAUCCGAGUCAAGGUUUGUUUUUAUGACAUUCAGCCUAAACAAACAAUCUUUAUUUAAAAUUCUAAGUUUUCUAUCAUGUAUAUGUUGAUUCUAUUUGUUGAUAUGAAAUCAUUUUUGUUUUAAGGAAAUGCACCAAACUUGUCUUCUUCCGAGAGGAUUGUUUAAAUUUGAACUGAAUUGUACAAUGUUCAGCUUUUUCUCAAGGUUUGAUUUUGACUAUGUGUCCUAUGUGGUUGGUUUAGUCUGUGUGUCUGUAUAAUUCACCUGACUUUCUGGAAAGUUUUUUCUCUGCACAAUGAGUAGUUUUCCACCAUAGGUAUAGGAACAAGUUUGUAUGGCUUGAGAUUUGAAACAUGUACAUCUCGGUGAUCAGGUUGUCAAUUUUGACUUUAUUACCCUGUGAAAAUUAUGAAGUAGUCACCAGACUGUAUAAAUUGAGCUUCUAUUAAUAUAUUUUAUGGAAAAAUUACCCCUGUACCUUAAGUGCUUAGCUUUUAUAUAAUAAUACUCAUCAAAUAUCUAGGUACAACUAUUUCGUAGAUGUCUUGAAGUAGGCGUAUGGUGCAUACAUUUCUUCUUAAAUCUUAAUCAAACUGUAAAUAUACGUUCCUUAUCAAUUUAAUCAUAGAUAAAGCUUUCAGUUUAACAUUCUUGUUUCAGAAAACGAGUUUGUCCAAAUAAGACCGUAUUGGGGGUAAAAAUUGUCACUGUAACACUAACAUGUAAGAUUACUUCCUUGUUCGUUGUGGACACACUUUCUACUUCAGAGGAAGAAUUUGUAAAAGUGUUAAAAGUAACUUUCAAUGCAGUGUGCUCUUCCCUAUCUGAUAUGUAUUCAGUGGUAAUUUUGUUAUACAUUGUUGCUGAAAGUUUCAUAUACUGGCUAUGUAUAUCAAUAUUAGUCUCUCAUCAGACCCUGUGUUAGAUGACUGGGUAGAUAGGAAAGUCCUAUAUAUUUAUGAUGUUGUAUGGCUUACAGUGUGUUUGGUGAAAACUACUCAGUGAGGCAGUGGUCCAGGGUCUGACAGGUGCCCUCUUCUAGAAACAACUGAAUUACAAUGUUGUUUACGUAACAUGUCUUGAAAUUAAUUUCAUGUAAAUCCACCGUUUACUCAAGAUGAGGACAAAUCGCUUUUGAGUCCAUUGAGUCAUGUAUCUUAGAGUUCCUGAACCACAGGCACGGACACAACGUUAAUUAUUAUAUAACUUUGUAGGAGAGCUAAUUCUCUGAAACAAAAGAAAUAAAUGGGUGUAUAAGCUUUCUAAAUUUUUUGUUGAAAUUGGCCACAUUUUCAGUUCCGUCACAGUAGUUGUUUUGAAACUGUUGAAGAUUCCCCAACAUUUUGCCAAGCCUGUUGCAGUGAGAGAGAAUUAGUCACAUGAUAGUAACUAAUUGUUUCUAGGUUCGUUGAUAUGGGUGCCAUUAAUUUAUUAGUUGUGCAUGUGUCUUUCAAGUAUUUGCUUUAUUUUGGAGGGCACAGAGAAUUGUAGAUUUAUUUAAUGAGUUACUGUGUCCUCGAAAUCAAAACACUAAUCUUGAAUAUCCCAGGUAAUUAACUUAUUACAUGUGUCAGUGGAUUCAUACUUGGUUUGUCCUAUGGGCUAAGAAACUAAUAUAUACUAUUGAAUUGUGUGCCCAUUAAUUGUACAUAGAUCUGUGUAAAAUUGCCCCGGAUUCCUAACUUAUUAAGGUGCGAUGUCAGCGUAUUGGCUGCGAUGACGACGUGUGUUAUGUGCAUGCUUGAUUGUAUAUAGAUAUAUAGGUAGUCUGUUGUUGCACUUACAAGGCAUCAUCUAGUCAUAAAUAUGAUGCGCGCAAUCAUAAGUUGAUCAAUAUUUGUCGUACUUAGAUAGAAUGAACAGUUCUUGGCGGUUUCAUUCAGUUGGAACACUGGUUCAAAUGUUUCGCUCAGGGUUAUAUUAAAUAGUUAUGAAACAAAGAGUUGAUAUAUUGACUGGCUUGUUUUAACAGGCUUGGCAUGAGAACGACUGACUUUGAAAAUAACGUUGUGUAGAUCAACGGAAGCAUGCUUCGUGAAAUGUCAAUCGACAACGGUAAAUUAAGAAUGCUACGCCUGUUAAAAGAAGCCUGUAAAAAAUCUCUAAUUACUGUUGAAUGCUCUUAGAUGCUCUCUGGUGGUUGAGCCUGACCUGCCUGUUUUAAAACUUCAUUUAAUGUUUGACCAUCCCAAUACGUCAGUAUUUACAUGUGGAAACAAGUUUCAAAAGAACCAAACAUGUUUUUGUUCUUAAUGAAAUUUUAAAAUAUGCAUGUUUGAACACAAGAAGGCUUCUUUUUGACAAGGUAGAUACCUUCUUGCUGUGCAAGGCUGAACAGAUGAAUAUGUUGUGUACAAGUUCCUGUAUGGGUAGAGGAAUUUAUCAUACCAUUAAGAAAUCUUGUUACUUUUUCUGUCAGAAUCAUUGUUAAGAUAAAGCUCUGUUCUUGCAGAAUAUACACAAGUCUUCUUUUUCAACUUACUUGAUGCCUUGCAUAUGGCCACUUGAUAUAAAAUAUUCAUCGUCAUGGAAACGUCACUGACGAGUGGUCUCUUCAUUUCCUUUGACCAUUUCUUAUGCAGGAUCAACUGUUAAAAAAUUAGACUAUGCUACCAGAAAGUUGUAUAUCUUUAUAAUCUGUUGUCGUGGUUAUCAAAUGAAAUGAAUUCAUGGUGAUUUCUAUGUGUCUGUGUGCAUCAUUCCCUGAAGCUUAAGCCUCUUUCACGUGAUCAUUGCAUAAGUCUAUUACUGGCUGUUUCUCUGAAUAUAAAUGAUUCCCUAAUGACCACAGUAUCACUUAUCUUGUCUUAAGACAACUUUCAAAUGCAUAUCACUCACUAAGGUUACAGCGCAUAGCAAGAGUAUUUGUCACAAAACUUGUUAUCAUAGCAAGCCAUUCUCAUGAACCUGAGCUGCCAAAUUUGUUUUGAAAAGUAUCUGCUCUCUGAGCCAUUUGUUUGGGUUUAUAUUCAUACACUAGUAACUGAUUCCAAAUGAACCACAAUUGACCUUUUCUUAAAUUCCUAUGAUUUUGAAAGUUGUGCAUUCCCUGAUUGACAGUAGGAACAAGAAUGUACUUUACAAAUUUGUAUUGUUUAUUUUUAUCAAGUGAUCAGAACGAGGUGUAUGCCAAGAGCAUAUAUCACCAUAUCUUCAUUUAAUAUAGACUGUGCAAUGCCUCAAUUCAUGAAAAAAAAAACCUUGCCAGUUAUGUUUUUUUUCCAUUAUUUAUUUGCUCCACAUUAGGCAUUUCGUUGUCAUGGGGAAAUGUCUGAAUUAUUUUUUGUAUUGAAAAUAUUGAGAGAAAAAAUAUAAAAAAAUACUCCAGAAUUGUCAUGUUUGACACAUUGUCAGAAGAUGUCAUAAAUUAAGUAUUCCUACAUCACCAUGGUAUUUAUUGACAUUAUUUAUUUAUUUAACUUAAUGCUGUUGUUGUCAUGACUGGACCCAGUUUACCUCACUAUUAGCGAUCAGUUAGAUCUCUUGAUGUGGUCCUAUACUCUAUACAUAGUGCAGCCAGCUUCCUCAGCAAUACACCAGUCCACUGUCACUCUUUCUGAUGCCUUUAGAAAAAUAUAUAGCACAGGUGUGUGCCCAAAUAUUCAUUAUUUGACAUCCAGUUUAUGACAUCAACAAACAACGGAUGUGAUUUAGCUCAGUGUUUCAACAUUAAAUGAAAGAUUUUACUGGAUGUUCCCUCCCCAGUGCCAGGUAUAUUGCUUGAAUACCCUUCAAAGCGUAAACCCCACUCCUGAGUGAAGUGUGACCCAAAUCCAGCUGUUUCCAUGACAAUUCGAUCACAUGAAAAUAUAAAUUCAGUGAGAAUUUAUUAUUCCACUUCCUUUGAAUUAGUGCUACUACCCAGCUAUGAGUUAUAUCUACAGACAGUCAUGGAAGAUAUGUGAAAAUGGAGAGGCUAGUUCUGUACCAAAAUCAAAAUACAUAAACUACUAGUCUGAAAUGAGCUGCAGACUUUUGAUGAAUGGCAUCUUCCCCAGGAGUACUGGUAUAUUGUUGUGGUGUCGUGGCUGCCCUGUGACAUGUAACCACUUCCGGAGAUCUGAACGUUUUAGUGAUGCAGUCCUAAAACAUGUGUUAUUAGUUGUGUGUUGAUGCAUCCUGUAGUCUCCAUGUUCUGUGUUGCAGGCCUAUCCAAAUGAUAUUUUCCCAUGUUGCAAAUGUUUAUUUCCAUUAUAAACAAGGAGUGAAAAUGUUCUGUUGCAUAUUAUUAUGUUCUAUUGUACAAAGUGUAAUGGAGAAAAUAUUUGCCACAUGUGUGAUGUUUUAGUCGAGAACCAAGGGACAUUUGUCAGUGUCACUGCUUCCCUUGGUUCUGUUGAAAUACAUGAAUGAAUGUUCUGUUGUAAGAGUGAUGGUCAGAACAAACGGUUAUUGUAGCACUGUCCGGUCCUCUUCCACAAAGCCAUCUUAGUGCUUUGACCAUUAACUCGCACUUAGUCCCAGAGCUUAGAUCACCUUGUGGAACAGGGCCCUGUGUGCCCAUUUUGUGCCUGUUUGUCAGUAAUUUAAACACUGAAUGGUCAUGAAUGCUAAUCAAUUGAUUUCUAAAUACUAAUCAAAUCUGUAGUCCCGCCAAGAAGUUCAAAAGGUCAACAAACAUGACAAUAGCUCAAAAACAGUAUACUUGACAUGGAAUUGUACAGGAAAAUUGUUAGGCUAGAAUUCACCCCAAACUUGUAAUGAAUAAUACAGUGACAGCAGAUACUGACCAAAUUUGUUUGUCUUUGAGUUCGUUGUUUUGAAAAUGUUCAAGAAGUAGUCUUUGAAAUGAGCCCUGGAAGUACGGUUUUCGUGUUGCGUGGUCGUGUCCCUGUUUGUUGUACACAGAGGAGGUCUGUCAAGACUUCGCACUAGCUCCAGUCACCAUCCAUUACUGAACUUGGUUGUCAAUGAAAUGCAAUAAUAUCUAUGCACCAAGCAAGAUUUUUAUACUCAAAAUAUAGCUGUGCUUAUUUUUGCAACCAAUUGCAUAUCAGACCAACUUUAUUUAUUGUCGUUCUAUAUCUGUCACAUCCAUCAGCCAUGAAAUGGAGACAAUCAUGACAUUGUUCCAUCAGUCAUCCAUGAGCAAGCGGACAAUUUCAUUGGUGGAAAUUUGAAAUAUACAAAUUCAUUAGUGAACAUGUUUGUGUGUGUGUGACUGUGAUCCUCAAGGCAUUAGCUAACUUACGAUAUCUAUUAAUCAUCAUGUGUCUGCAGUGACUGGAGCUAGUGAAUGAACCUGUCCAUGCCCUCAGUCCUUCUGCAUCCCUCUGAUGAUCAGUUAGGGCUGUCCAAAUCUUUAAUACUCCUGAUCAGAAUCGAUAAAUCUAAUUCUGCUGAAUUUUAAUCAUUUUCGGGUGCUAAAAUUAUCAAGUUACCUAAGUGUCAAAAUUGUCUUAAACGUUUCAUUGGUAUGUGCGAGUGUACAAUUCGAUUGUUUUACACCAGAUCGGCUUCCAUGUGAAUUCUGCAAUUUGUGCCUACAAUAGAUCUCUUUAAGAUAUUUCGCUUCCAAGUCAUUGUCAUGUUAAUCUGUCUUGCCUUGACCAGGUUAUUCAAUUGUCUUAGAUAUUCUCUUUUGUAAUUUAAUUUCUUUCCCACCCAGAAGGGGUUAUCUCCCCUUAGAUCAUGCUGCCACUUGGUGGUGACCUUGUGACCUAAGGGGAGACUACUAUCUGUCCCACCAUGGUCUAGGCUGGUCAAUGUUUGUUCCACCUGUCAUUAUAGCAUCAAUAGAACAUUCCUUAGAGGAACAAUACAUUAUUGUAUUCAUUUGUUCAUAAGAAAUUCAUUUGUUCAUUUAUUCAUAAUUCAUUUUUCGCCAUUGUUUUCUACUCCUUGGUCAUUCAGGGUUUUGUAUCAAUAAACGUUUGCAAAACUA